AUGUCAAAACCGAUUGGAAUCCCAGGCAAGUUUGGUUACGGCACCCUGUUGCUAUCAGGUAGCCCCACUUCACCAUCGACGCAAGAUGCCAUUGAGCUUCUUAAUUUCAUCACAACAAACCUGCGUUUCGCUACAAAGUUGUUGAACGAUGCUGAACUCUACGGUGCCAAUGAUGCAAAUUUGAAACUCCUCUAGCAAUUUGUAGACCAAAACAAGCCCGAGUUGAACCGCGAGCUCAUCAUUUCAAUUAAAGGUGGCAUCGAUAGCAAGACUUUCAAACCUGAUGGAUCUCAAGCCAGUAUCGAGAAGUCAAUAGCCAAUAUCAUUUCAUAUUUUCCGCGACAAGACGGCAAGGGAGAGGGACCAACCUUACUUUACGAAACUGCACGAGUCAACCCGAAUGUUCCAUACGAGGAAAACACAAUCAGCUACAUUAAAAAGUUCCUAGACGACGGUGCGAUAGACGGAAUCUCUCUUUCUGAAGUCGGCAUAAAUUCCAUCCGCCAGGCUAGGAAGAUAGCUCCAAUUUCAUGUGUAGAACUCGAGUUUUCACUCUUCACCCAGAACAUUAUCGACAAUGGGAUUUUAGCUGAGCUUUCCUCCUCAAUGGGGGGGGGGGGGGGCAGAUUUUCAUAAUUGCCUAUUCGCCAUUGUGCAGGGGUCUCUUGACCGAUUACACAGUGGAGAACGCGGACACUUUUAUCCAGACACUUCAAGAGCAGCAAGAUUUCAGAACUCGCUUGGAUAAAUUCCAGCCCGAGACAUUCAAGCACAAUUUGAAGGCACUAAGAGCGCUCUAUGACUUUGCUCAUAACGAAAAGAAUACAAGUUUGGAGAGUUUGGCACUUUCGUGGAUAUUGAAAAUUUCGGGCCAGAGCAACUUCAGAGGAGUCGAGCACGUGACGAGGAUCCUACCUAUCCCAUCGGGCUCCACUCAAAAGAGAGUAGAGGAUAAUUUGGAAAGUACUGUUGAGUUGACUGAUAACGACUUGGUUGCAAUGGAGAAGAUAUUCAAACAACACCCAAUCACUGGAUUAAGGUACAACAAACAGUUGGAAGGGACAUUGUUUCAGUAA